AUGCCGAACACAACCGAAGAACAAUGUUCAUUGACUACACGGCAACAAAUAGCCAUAAAUGCAUCUCUUAUGGCUAUUUGGUGUUCCCGACGUGCUCCACAAUGUGAAUAUACACAAUUUUUGAUUGAUAUUAGUGCAUUAUCAGCGCCAACUGCUCACCAAAAAGCGUCAUUGAAAAAUGUUUUUCUAGAAAAUACUUUGAAUCUAUCCUUACCGGAUGACUUUGCUACGAAUUAUGAUGCCUAUAUGGAUGCCAAUUAUUUACAAGUGUUUGUAAUAUGUGCUAGUCCAUAUGUGACGACACAUAAACAACAGGCUAAAUUAACGUUCGUUGAUACAUUUUCAGCUAUUGGAGGACAAACUGGAUUGUAA